AUGCCAAGAACAAAACGACCUGUUAAAAAGCUAGAGAAGACGGCCGAGGAUGACGAUGCUUUGAAGAAAUUACAUAAAUUAGUAGCAGACCAGAAAAAUAAUAUAGACUCCAGAACUCAUAUGGAACUGAGGAAUGUGGAGUUAGCAUUCAAGAUACUUCUGGGUUCUAUUAGCAAUAAAUACUUACAGAAGACAGUUGGUCAGCUGAAAACAGAAUUGCUUCUUAAGGAAGUGGUAAACACUACACGGAGGUCGACAACACGUACCACCACUACCACCACCAGAUCAGCCUCGCAUGAUGAUGGCUACCUCACUGAGAACUCGUCCCAGGGCUCCGGAGGGCGCGGUGCCAAGAAGACCCCAGGUCCGCCCAGCACAGCGAGUCGAAUGACCACGCGUCGGCGGUCCCGUUCAGCCGACACUCGUUCACUGACCACUGCUAAGAUACAGCGGCGUCGCUCACGUUCAGUCUACCGCACGCCCGCUUACAACAAGAAUUCAGCCGUCAACUACCCAGUCAUCACGCCAAAGGUGACACCACAAACUCCACUGACAGUGCUAAGGCAACCCCGUCAAGGUGAAAUGGUGGUGUCCAUGUCUGGAUCUCCAGUCAUGGUGCCUUCGUGCUACGCGAUGCAACCGGAUGAUAAAGCAAACUGCAACAUACUGCUCCAAGAUGGCACCAUGCUGUCCCUCCAGCCGAAGGAGCUGCGUCAGUCUCAAGCAUACAUCCCCUUCUCCCUCAUGGACCCCAACGUGUUGCACCAGCUCAAGACUCUAAAGGAAAACCUAGACAAAGUUGUCAAGCUCGGAGAGAAGGUCAUUGUGAAGUGA